GUCUGUGCUUCUUCCUCCUUCAAGAAUCGCAGCUUCUUCUUCCUCGACCUCGGCGCGUCAGUUCCUGGUAUUCAUCUGCUCCAUCGCGCUCCUGCCGUCGUCCGUCGGGCGCUCAGUCACCAUCGUCUUCGUCUGGUCGUCGCAGAUUCUUCCAACCCACCACCGUCUUCUGAGUUGUGUUCGUUGCCUGACCUCUGUCUCCGUCACGAUUCUGCCCCCUCUUCUCAGACUGCUCAGUAGAAAAAUCCAUCUCCAUUCCAGUUUCCUUCCUUCGAGUUUAGAGAGAAGAAGCUCAACCAAAAACAAAAUCUUAGACUUCGACGGUCAGUAUGUACCCGAAGCCAUGCAUCAUAUCCCUCCAACUCCUUCCAUGGCUGCUACAAGAGAAGAAUCUGAGAAUGUUAUGUUUGGUGCUUUGGAUAAUCUUUUUGCUAAUACAAAUAUUAAGCCUAAGAAUAUUGGUGUUCUUGUUGUGAAUUGCAGUUUGUUUAACCCAACUCCUUCACUUUCUGCAAUGAUUGUGAACAAGUACAAGCUUAGGGGUAACAUUAGAAGCUUCAAUUUAGGUGGUAUGGGUUGUAGUGCAGGAGUUAUAGCCAUUGAUCUUGCUAAGGACAUGCUUCAAGUUCAUAGGAACACUAAUGCUGUUGUUGUUAGCACUGAGAACAUUACUCAGAAUUGGUACUUUGGGAACAAGAAAUCUAUGCUGAUCCCAAAUUGUUUGUUCUGUGUUGGUGGUUCUGCUGUUUUGUUGUCCAACAAAGGCUCUGUUAAGAGAAGAGCAAAGUAUAAGCUUGUUCAUGUUGUGAGGACUCAUAAGGGUGCUGAUGAUAAAGCUUUCAGGUGUGUGUAUCAAGAACAAGAUGAUUAUGGCAAAACUGGUGUUUCUCUCUCAAAGGAUCUUAUGGCUAUUGUUGGUGGGGCUUUGAAGACUAACAUCACAACUUUGGGGUCUCUUGUUCUUCCAAUAAGUGAACAGCUUCUGUUCUUUGCUACUUUGGUUUUUAAGAAGCAUCUAAAUGCAAAAGUGAAGCCUUAUAUACCUGAUUUCAAGCUUGCAUUUGAUCAUUUCUACAUUCAUGCUGAUGGGAGAGCUGUGAUUGAUGAGCUUGAGAAGAAUCUUCAGCUUCUGCCUAUGCAUGUUGAGGCUUCUAGAAUGACACUUCACAGAUUUGGGAACACUUCUUCAAGCUCUAUUUGGUAUGAGCUGGCAUACACUGAAGCCAAGGGAAUAAUGAGGAAGGAAAAUAGGGUGUGGCAGAUUGCAUUUGGAUGUGGAUUUAAGUGUAACAGGGCAGUGUGGCAGUCACUUAGGCAUGUCAAGGCUUCACCCAAGUCUCCUUGGGAAGAUUGCAUUCAUAGGUAUCCAGUGUAGGUUGUUACAUAGCUUUAAUUUCUGCUACUCUCUCUGGUACACAUAGCAUAAGCCAAUAAUCAAUCCUAUUCAAGGAGAUAAUAGAUAAUGUCUCAGCUGUUCAAUCAUCA